GAUACUUUGAGGCCUUCCGAGUGGACCUUCCUAUCUUCCUCGAGCGAUCGGAUUCUGCCAGUUGGUGCUUUGAAAUUCUAUCGGUGUCAGCCUCGGGGACCAUGAAUAAUUCUCUCCCCGGACCGCGAAGAUGGACAGGAGACAAAGGGAGAGAGAGAGAAGGUGGAACUGGUGGUAGGGACGAGCGAGAAAAGAGUGGGGAAAGACCGGAGUCUUCGGGUCCAGACCUCUUGAUGAUCUUCGUCUCCGUUUCCCCGUGUUCAGUGACUUCCUCGUUUCCCAUCGUUCCUCGACAUCCUGAGGAAUACUCCGAGGUAAAGGGAAGUAUCUAUCCGGCGAUCGCAUGGAAAUCAAUUAAGAAAAAAAAAUGUACUUGCGAGUUGGGAAGUGCAGAGAACUCCCGAAGACGCUUCGGUGGACGUCUUCGAGUUCUUCGACGAAUAAUAUCCAGGAUUUCCGCGACAUCCCUGGACCAAAAUCCCUGCCUGUUAUCGGGACGCUGUACAAGUAUCUUCCCCUUAUCGGGGAGUACAGCUUCAAAAAGCUGCACAAAGUCGGCGCGAAGAAGCUGGCUCGUUAUGGUCCAUUGGUGAGGGAAGAAAUGGUGCCUGGCGUGAACAUUUUGUGGGUUUUCCACCCUGAUGACAUUUUCGAAGUCUUCCGCGCGGAAGGGAGAUCUCAUCCCGAGAGGAGAAGUCACCUGGCGCUCUUGAAAUACAGAGGAGACCGACCGGAAGUCUACAACAACGGAGGUCUACUGCCUACAAACGGAACAGAGUGGUGGCGACUUCGUCGGGAAUUCCAAAAAGCCCUCAGCAAGCCACAGAGUGUCCUCAACUACUUGGAAGACACCGACGCAAUGAUCGAGGAAUUCGUCGACCUCUGCGCAACCGGAGACCACGAAGACGUCUUGCCGCUGCUCUCUCGACUCUUCCUGGAACUGACGAGUCUGGUGGCGUUCGACGUGAAAAUGAAGAGCUUCUCGAAGGAGGAGAUGCAGAGGAACUCUCGGAGCUCCAGAUUAAUCGACGCUGCUCUCACGACGAACACUGCGAUCCUGAAGCUGGACAACGGGCUUCGUCUCUGGCGAUUCUUCGACACGCCUUUGUACCGGAAGUUGUGCAGAGCUCAGGCUUACAUGGAGGAGGUCGCCUUAGACAUGGUGUCGAGGAAGCUCGAAAGUCAGGACUCGGCAGAAGCUGAAAAGGAAUCCCUCCUUGAGGUGUACUUGAAGAACCCGAACCUGGACCGGAAGGACGUGGUAGGGAUGGCUUGCGACAUGCUCCUCGCAGGAAUAGACACGACGACUUACAGUACCGCCUUCGCGUUGUACCACCUGGCGAGGAACCCCAGAGCUCAGGAUACUCUCCACGAGGAAGCCGCAAAUUUGCUGAAGGACGAAAAUGCCCCGAUAGACUCCACGGUCUUGAGGAGGGCGAAUUUCGCGAAAGCCGUGAUGAAGGAGACCUUCCGAUUAAAUCCAAUCUCCGUGGGAGUUGGGCGAGUCCUGCAGAAGGACGCGGUUCUUCGGAAGUACCGCGUGCCUAAAGGAACGGUGAUCGUCACUCAGAAUCAGGUGGCCUGCCGUUUGCCGGAAUAUUUUCCGGAUCCGGAUUCCUUCUUGCCGGAAAGGUGGCUUCGAGAGGAGACGAAGAGUCGCGUCGCUCAUCCUUAUUUGGUCCUACCCUUUGGCCAUGGUCCUAGAUCCUGCAUAGCGAGGCGAUUGGCCGAGCAGAACAUGCAAGUUCUCUUGCUGAGGGUGUGCCGGAAGCUGCGGUUCUCCUGGAGAGGAGGAGACCUCGACUCGCAGUCCUUGCUGAUCAACAAGCCGGACGCGCCGAUAAAACUGGAGUUUUCUCGUCGUUAAAGCGCUUAAAU